AUGGCCAUGGAGCACCUCCGGUGGCGCCCCACGGUGAACGAGCGCGACUUCAUCGAGCGCGCGCUCCAGUCCGACCUCCGCGUCGACGGCCGCCACUCCUUCGACUUCCGCAAACUCAAGAUAACCUUUGGCAGGGAGGAUGGCUCGUCUGAGGUGCAGCUCGGGGAGACGCACGUGAUGGGCUACGUGACUGCUCAGCUGGUGCAGCCAUACCGUGACAGGCCGAACGAGGGGACGCUGGCCAUAUUCACCGAGUUCUCACCCAUGGCCGACCCAGCCUUCGAGCCUGGGCGUCCUGGGGAAUCAGCAAUUGAGCUUGGCCGAGUCAUCGACCGUGGCCUUAGGGAGAGUCGAGCUGUUGACAUGGAGUCCUUGUGUGUUGUUGCUGGGAAGCAUGUCUGGUCUGUGCGUGUCGACCUUCACAUCUUGGAUAAUGGAGGGAAUCUCAUUGAUGCAGCUAACAUCGCUGCAUUGGCAGCUUUAUCUACUUUCCGGAGGCCUGAAUGCACGGUUGGUGGGGACGAUGGUCAGCAAGUUACAGUGCAUGAUCCUGAGGUUAGGGAUCCGCUUCCUCUUACAAUACAUCAUAUGCCCAUAGCUGUAACAUUUGCAUAUUUUGGUGAAGGCAACAUUGUGGUUGAUCCCACAUACAAGGAAGAAGCAGUAAUGGGAGGGAGGAUGACUGCUACAGUUAACUCAAAUGGUGAUGUUUGUGCCAUCCAGAAAGCUGGUGGUGAGGGUGUCAUGUCAAGUGUUAUCAUGCAGUGUUUAAGAAUUGCUUUGGUAAAGGCUGCUGAUAUAACAAGCAAAAUAAAGAAAGCAGUAGACUCAUACACCACCGAGAAAGCUUUAAAGAAAGUAAAACGUUUACCAACCUCGGUUCCUCAGAAAAUUAGUGUCACUGAUGUAAUUAUGGAGGACAAAGGUGAUGGUGAAUUGGAAAAGCAAACUGUGGACGUUCAGCAGAUAAGCAAAGAUCCACCAACUAUCGUCAAGGUCAGCAGCCACGAGGAUGCCCAACCAAUGACUGAAUCAUCUAAUGCUGAGGUGAACACAUCAAGUGCUGUGGCUGCUGGAGAGUCUGAUGAGUCCCAGGAAAUUGGAUCGCCAAAGAGUCUAAAAGAUGCUAUCAAACCAAAGCAUAAAAGAAAGAAGAAAAGUGACAAGAGUUAG